CACUUUUUCAUAAUCUGCCAAAGUAACAAAGACAGCAUAUAAGAUUUGCUGCAAACAAGGAUUCACAGAAAAGAAAAUUAAAAAAAAAAAAAAAAAAAAAAAAACAAGUGGGAGAUAUCUCCAACCUUCAAUCACUGGUUCAUCAUGAUUUCUUUAGCAGAUGUGUAUCAUGUUGUGGCUGCGACAGUUCCACUCUAUUUUGCCAUGAUAUUGGCUUACAUCUCUAUGAAAUGGUGGAGGCUUUUUACACCAGAUCAGUGUGCAGGCAUUAACAAAUUUGUUGCUAAAUUUUCAAUCCCACUAUUAUCUUUCCAUGUUAUCUCCAACAACAACCCUUACAAAAUGAACCUCAAACUCAUAUUUGCUGACUUUCUUCAGAAACUAUUAGGCCUCUUAGUUCUCACAGCACUCACCAAGAUCAGCUCCAGAGGAAGAUUGAAUUGGAUCAUUACUGGUCUCUCUCUUUCAACUUUGCCCAAUACUUUGAUCCUGGGAAUUCCACUUUUGAAGGCUAUGUAUGGAGAUGAAGCUGAGGCUCUCCUUUCUCAGAUAAUUGGCUUACAAAGCUUAGUUUGGUAUAAUUUGUUGCUGUUUCUGUUUGAGCUAAAUGCCACCUAUGCAGCCCCAGUGGCACCAUCUUCAGAAAUUACAGAGGACCUUGAAGCUCAUCAUGAUGCUCAAUCAAAAGAGGGAGAAGAGGAAACACAUGCCACAAAGAGGGUCAAAACCAUGCUCAUUCUCUUCACAGUGGGGAGGAAGUUGGUGAGAAAUCCAAAUUUUCAUGCGACUUUGCUAGGUCUUAUUUGGGCAAGCAUACAUUUCAGGUGGGGUGUGAAAAUGCCAGAAAUUGUUGAUAAUUCUAUACUGAUAUUGUCUAAUGGAGGGCUUGGUAUGGCAAUGUUCAGCUUAGGUCUGUUUAUGGCAUCACGCACCAGUAUAAUAGCGUGCGGCGUCCGACUUGCUGUGCUAGCUAUGGCAAUGAAGUUCAUUGCGGGACCUGCCUUAAUGGCAGUUGCUUCCCUUGCCAUUACAGUAAGGGGCACAGUGUUUAAAGUGGCAAUUGUUCAGGCAGCUCUACCUCAAGGGAUUGUUCCAUUUGUGUUUGCUAAAGAAUAUAAUAUUCAUCCAGACAUAUUAAGCACAGGGGUAAUUUUUGGUAUGCUCAUUGCAUUGCCAAUAGCAUUAGCCUACUACUCCCUGUUAGCCUUGUAAAUUCUACAGGAUAUCUGCAAAAAAAAAUCCCAGAACAGCAAUUUUACUGCAUUAUAUGAAAUCCCAGAAAGGCUUCAGGUUUAAAGAAGAACUUCAGAAGUCUUAUUCAGUUUGCUUAAUUUUAUCUUUUCCCUUUUACUAUUUUCGGGAAGUUUGUUCAAUUUUCUUUGACAACUUAACCUGAUGAAGAAAGUUUUCUUCUCUUUUUUUUUUUUUUUUUCCCUUGUCCUUCUCAUGAAAAUUGAUAUGUACCUUUUAGAAACAUUAACAGCUAAUGCAAUAAUGAAACAGAAGUUUUUAUUGAGUAAA